GGGAUUGGGGAUUGAGAUCGAACUGCAUGAUAAGGAAGAAGGAGGAGGAGAGGCGGAGGUUGCUGGCGGAGGAGGAGGAAGAAGAAGAAGAAGAGAGAGCGUGAGGGGAAGCGAAACAUGUCUGCCGUAGUGUGCGGGAAGAGAUCAUCGAUAUUCGAAGAGCAGCCUCCUGUUUCCUCCAAGAGAAUCCGCUUCGCUUCUUCCUCUUCCUCUUCUACUUCUCCGGUACGCUUCUCUACGACGUCGUUUGCUGCUUCUGCUCCUCGUUCCUCCCUCCUCGAUCAGCUCAGGGCCGUUUUCCCGGACAUGGAUAAUCAGCUUCUUGAGAAAGCGCUUGAGGAAUGCGGUGAUGAUUUGGAUUCAGCUAUCAGGAGUUUGAAUGAGCUGCGAUUGAGUUCUGCUGCAAGUAGUAAGUCUGGCGUCGCAUCUGAAGCAAAUGUGCAACCGCAGGCACAGGGUGCAGUAGCAGCGAAUGGAGAAGUUUCUGGUAAUGAGGAUCUGUCGGGUCAAAAUAACCUGCCCACGCAAGGAGCCGACUGGGUGGAGCUCUUUGUUAGAGAGAUGAUGAGUGCCUCUAACAUGGAUGAUGCCAAAACUCGUGCUUCAAGAGUGCUUGAGGUCUUGGAGAAAUCCAUCUGUUCACGGGCAUCCACUGAAGCAGCCCAAAGCUUUCACCAGGAAAAUAUGAUGCUGAAGGAACAAAUGGAAGCUCUUAUUCAGGAAAACACGAUCCUGAAGCGAGCUGUAUCCACUCAGCAUGAACGUCACAAGGAGUAUGAAGAUAGAGGCCAGGAAUUGCAGCAGCUCAAGCAGCUGGUGGCCCAGUACCAGGAACAACUAAGAACUCUUGAGGUGAACAACUAUGCACUUACUAUGCAUCUGAAGCAAGCUCAGCAAACCAGCUCCAUUCCAGGGCGGUUUCACCCUGAUGUGUUUUAGGUAGGAAAGAUGAGUUGAAAUAUUUACCAAUAGAUUCUCUGCUUUGGUAUGGUGCUGCUAAUUAUAUGAAGACACUUCAUUAUGCCCUGUUAUCUGGACACCGGCUAUGUAUUGGACUAUUGGCCAUCCUCUACUGAAUUCUGAUGAAGACACAGAUUGAGUUUCAUUCAAAUACAAUGUCAAGAAUUUGUUCUCGUUCCCAUUUGGCCAAUCACUGCGUUUAUAUUUGGAGUAACUUUCAUACUUAGUUGUUUUCAACUUUAUAGAGUAACAGUUGUAAUUCAAUUGGAUCCCUUCUAUACUUCAAUGAAGAUAAUAUAUGCUUUCAGAGUUUCAGCUCUUGCUGAAUGUCUCAGGA